AUUAAGGAUGGGCAGUUGUGAUGUAUGUUACGUAACCUGUACUUUGCAGCAAUUCUACCUGUACUGACUUGAUUACCACGAGGCUGAUCAUCAGGUGGUCCACAUCCGCGUGCUGCACGUGGCGCCGUUUACGCAUGCAGUGAUGACAUUAAGGUAAAAGGACAUCACGGGCAGACGAAGAUGUGAAACUUCCAACAAACGACAGCCAACAAAAAAACGCCACUGCUGGUAGAUUACAGAGAUUAACAUACCUGGUUGUUUGGAACCCCACAAAAUCAAUGACGUAGAGCACACGCACAUGUUAAAGGGAAAGCAUGGAUGUUGUUGUGGGAAGUUACGAAGAACUAUCUCUCGGCUACCAGCUAACACAUACAGACGGAAAAUGGGAAUUUCAACAGAUGUUCACAGACCAUUCACACUGCGGUGGUGUGAGGGAUGUUGCAAUUUCAAAGAAGAAAAUUUUGGCAACCGGGAGUUCAGAUGAAACCAUUAAGUUGUUUGAUUUGGACAAGAAAGUGGAGCUGGGUUCACUGAUGGAGCAUGAAGGUACUAUUACAUCAUUAUCAUUUUAUGAAGACAGUCAUUUAUUUAGUGGCAGUGAAGAUGGUAAAAUAUGCAUAUGGAAGACCAGUGGUUGGGAUUGCAUAAAGACACUCAAGGGUCACAAAGGUCCCGUGCUUAGUGUAUCGGUUCAUCCCAGUGGCAAGCUGGCACUGUCUGUAGGGAAGGACAAGACAUUGAGGACAUGGAAUUUGAUCACGGGAAGAGCAGCUUUUAUCACAAAUAUUAAAGAGGUUGCAGAAUCUGUUCACUGGUCACCAGAUGGGGGUUUAUAUGCUGUAGUAUUUCCUAACAGAGUGGACAUCUACAAUGUGGAGAAGGCAGCAAUAACUGACAGCAUCUGCUGUGAGUUUAGAGUGCAAGUGGUAACAUUUAUGCAGACCAACUGGUUGAUAGUUGGAGGAGAUCAAGGAGUUUUUCAGAUUUGUGACUUGGACAAGAAGUCCAAAGUGUGUACUAUGAACACGGGUACAAACAGGAUAAAAGGUAUUGGUUGCUGCCAGAUGGCAGGUGAUACAUGCAUAGUAACUGCCUCAAGUGAUGGUUUUAUCAAAGCCUGGAAGCUCAGUAAAGAUGUGCCCCCAGCAUGUGAGUUACUGACAGAGGUCAAUACCAAGUUCAGGCUGACAUGUCUGACUGUGGCCACAAAAGAACAGGAAAGUGUCAGUAACACACAGAAAAAGGAACAAGAAAAUGUCACUAGUAAUGGGGCUACAGGUAAAAAAAAGAAAAAGGAAGAGAGGAAAGUUGGGAUCAUCGCAGGAGCCAGAGAAAAGAAGAGAUCAAAAUAUUCAGAAAACAAGCAUUGAAGAGGAAAAAGCACCAAAGAAAAAGAAGAAAAGGAAACAAGC